AUGCUUGAGAGUCUUGUUGCCAACCUGCUCAAUCGCUUUCUGGGCAUCUAUGUCAAGAACUUUGAUGCGAAGCAGCUGAACAUCGGAAUCUGGUCUGGCGAUGUGAAACUACGCAACCUCGAGUUGCGCCGAGAAGCGCUCGAUCAGCUCCAUCUACCCCUGAAUGUCGUCGAAGGUCAUCUGGGCCAGCUCACAUUAUCUAUACCGUGGUCGAACCUUAGGGGGAAGCCGGUCAAGGUUGAUAUCGAAGAUGUCUUCUUGCUCGCCGCGCCCAAGGAGGACGCAGACUAUGAUGCCGAGGAGGAAGAUAAGCGGGCACAUACUUUGAAAAUGGAAAAGAUUGACGGUGCAGAGUUGCUUCGGGAGCGUAAUGCGGAAGGCAUGAGCCAGGAGGAACAACGUCGAAACCAGAGCUUUACUCAAAGUAUGGUGACUGCAGUUGUCGAUAACCUGCAGAUCUCAAUCAAGAACGUGCAUAUUCGCUAUGAGGACUCUAUCUCGUCGCCUGGUCAUCCAUUUGCCGUCGGUUUGACUUUGAAGGAGCUCAGUGCUGUCAGCACAGACGCUGAAUGGAACCCAACUUUCAUCCAGUCCACUUCCGAGACUACACAUAAACUCGCAGUCCUCGGGGCCUUGUCAGUCUACUGGAAUACAGAUGCGACGCUUCUAGGAACUGGCCGAGGCUCAGAUAUUGGUGCCGAGGCUCAGGGAAUUGGCCAUGAUGAGCUGAUGGACAAGCUGCGCGAUACAAUUGAAAACGGCGAGGGUAAUCAGUUCAUGCUGCGCCCAGUCAGUGGUCGUGCAGGGCUAGAAAUGGAUAAAUCGGGCAAGUAUGAUCGGCCCGCUAUGAAAGCACGGCUGCUAUUCGACGAGCUUGGCUUUGUUUUGGACGACAACCAAUACCGUGAUGCCUUGAUGUUGGUAGAUCUCUUCCAUUACUUUAUCCGACACCAGGAGUACAAGCGAUUCCAACCUAAAAGCUCACCGAAGGAGGAUCCUCGAGCCUGGUUAAAAUUCGCUGGUAAUUCAGUCCUGAGUAAAAUUCAUGAUCGCAAUCGACGAUGGACUUGGGAUUACAUCAGGGAGCGCCGAGAUGAUCGUAUUGAGUAUAUCAAGCUCUUCAAAAAGGGGAAGAGGGAAGAACCCUUCACGCCGGAAGAGACCCAACAACUCGAUAAGCUCGAGAGAAAACUCAGCUACGAGGAUAUUCGAUUCUGGAGGUCUCUCGCUAGAAACCAACUGCGCAAAGAGAACAUCGGGAUCAAAAAGCCUACUGAGCAGCAAUCUUGGGGUGAAUGGCUCUGGGGCGGCAAGAAGCAAAAAUCUGAAGAACCUAGCCUGACUGAAGAACAGCGACAAGAGCUUUAUAGUGCCAUUGACUGGGACGAGAAGAAGGCACUUGCUGAGAGUGUCGAUGUUCCCCGGGAAUGGGUCAAGCUCCAAGUCAACUGGAGUCUUCGUGCCGGUAGUUUCACCCUCAAGCAGGAUCCACAUGGUGCAGCAAACGAGGUCAUGAAGCUGGUAUUCGAAAACUUCCGGGCCAAGGCUCUCCAACGCCCAGAUUCAUACCUCCUCGACCUUGACCUUGGUGGGUUGAAGAUGUAUGACGGUACCACCGCUGGCACACUCUAUCCUCAGAUUGUCAGAGUGAAAGACUCCCUUCCUGGUUCUGCUGAAAUCCAAGAUCUUAGUACAGACGACGACGAUGAGGUUAGUGUAGAUAUCCUUGACGAUGAAGAAAAUUUGUUCCACAUGCAGUUGGAGAAGAACCCACUGGAGAGUGAUGCGGAUACAGCAGUCAAGGUCAAGUUGAAGAGUAUCGAGGUUAUCUACAACCCCCGAUUUCUGGUGGGAAUCGUCAAAUUUUUUGAGCCCCCGCAGCGGCAUAUGGAGUCCAUUGGUGCCCUUUUGGACACUGCAGGUGCCACCGUCGAGGGUUUGCGACAACAGACCCGAGCUGGUUUGGAAUUUGCCUUGCAGGAGCACAAGAAGGUUGACGCACAAUUUGACAUCCACGCACCCCUUAUCAUUGUACCAGAGAGCAUUACUCAGGAAAGUUCUCUUUGCUUGAUCAUUGAUGCUGGUCAUGCCAGUGUUAACAGCGAGCUGGUCGACCGGCAGGCAAUGCGCGACCUACAGUCCAAACAAAAACAACAGUACGAGGAGGAAGAUUACAAGCAGCUCGAGCACCUGCUAUACGAUCGAUUCCUCAUAAAAUUGGACUCCACUCAGGUUCUGAUCGGACCCGGAGUAGAAUCAACUAAAGCCCAGCUUACAUCUGGCGUCGAGUCCAAGAACUUCCACAUCAUUGAUCGCAUCAAUGUGGACUUCGUUUUGGAGAUGUGUAUUGUUCCAAAGGUGACACAGCUCACCAGAACGCGCAUUUCAGGUAAUCUACCGGAGCUGCAUGCAUCCAUGUCAGAUACCAAAUACAAGGGCCUAAUGAAGUUGAUCGAUAUCGCCAUUCCGCAAUUCGACAACAGUAAGAACUCCUCUGACCCGGUUGCUACCGCUGACGGCGACAAAACCGCCAUUACGACAAGAGCCAGAUCGGCAUCUUUCCAACCUGCAGCUCAACGAGACCUCGUGGUCGACGAUGAGCUUGAACCCGAGCAAGAAAGAAGAAACAGCGUGGACACUCCUGACAAUAUCCACCGUCGAGACUUUGAGUUCAAGUUCAAUGUUGGUCGCCUACGUGGCUCGCUAUUCCGAUCUGAUUCACAAGAUCCGCUCAAGGAUAAAUUGCUGGUGGAGUUGGUUGCCGAGGGCUUCGAGUUGGACUUUUACAUGCGACCUUAUGACAUGGUUGCCGAGGUCAUUCUGAAAUCUCUGGGCGUGGAUGACUAUAUCGAGGAGAACCCGCUGCCUGAAUUUAAGAGGAUUCUUUCAUCCAAGGGAUUCAACGCAGAUGAAGACAAGGAUCUUUUCCACUUGAAAAUGGUCCGGGUCAAGCCUGAGUCUCCCGAGCUUGAGACAACUUAUGAAGGUGUUGCCAUGAAUCUUGACAUUUCAGUAUCUACCAUCAAUCUUGUGGUGACACGGAAAACGCUGCUUACCCUCCUUGACUUUAUUCUUCUUACUUUUACGAAUCCACAGCAAUCGGUCGAAGAAAACGAACAAACCGAGCAAGCUAUAGAAGAGGCAACAAAUGUGGAACAACCCCAGCAGGGCAAGAUCCGUAUCAAGUCCAAUCUGAAGAGUAUCGCACUUAUCCUUAACAAUGAUGGGGUUAGAUUGGCAACGCUGAGUCUUAAUACUGCCGAUGUUGGAAUUUUCCUUGUUGGCCGUUCCAUGGUCAUCCAGUCUCGCAUCGGUAGUCUGACGCUGGUCGAUGAUGUCAAUUUGGGUGCUCCUGAGGACUCUGAUAUUCGACGCCUUCUUACCAUCGAAGGUGAUAACUUUGCUGAUUUCAAAUAUGAGACAUUUGACCCGGACAGCGAUAUCUACCCCGGCUAUGACUCUGAGGUCUACCUGCGAUCUGGCUCUAUCAAGAUUAAUUUCAUGGAGGAGCCGUUCCGUAAGAUAAUCAACUUCCUCGUCAAAUUUGGCAAGAUGCAGGCUAUAUUCAACGCAGCUCGACAGGCCGCUGCGAAUCAAGCCAACCAGCUGCAGGAGAAUGCCUCUCGAAUGAGACUCGAUAUUGUUGUCAAAACUCCUAUCUUGGUGUUCCCGCGAGUGAUGACCGAUGAUCGGCCCCGGGAUACGAUCACUGCUCAUCUUGGAGAGAUCUAUAUCAAGAACGAGUUCGUUCCCAUGGACGAAGAAAAGGAUAGCCCAGCCGUCAACGUGAUUUCUACCGGCGUUCGAAACAUCCGCCUGACCUCCAAGUUCCAUUUCGAAGAUGGCAUGGUAGAAGAACUAGAGAUGAUCCAAAAGGUCAACCUCGACUUUAGUAUUUGCUACCUGGAGCAUCAGGUCAACAAUCCACGCCCAGACAUGGAGAUUGAGGGUUCUUUGUCUCCCAUCAACCUGCGUAUCUCGCAAAGCCAGCUCAAGUUCCUGCUGGCGUUGUCCAAGUCGAUUCCUGGCGCCUUCGCAACAGAUACGGAGCAACAAGAACUCGAGGCGCUGGAGUCCCUUCCCUCUUUGGUGACAGAGCCUACUAGAGAGGCUGUUCAGGCGCAAAAGGAACAAGACUCUACUAAGCCUGAUGAAAAUACAAGUAAGGAAACUUGGGUUCGACUUGAUAUGAUCUUCAAGGUUGACAGUGUCGGCCUUGAACUUAUCCUGGCAACUGACAACCAACCCGUGGGUCGCUUGGAGGACUCAAGUCUUUCAAAAUUCUCACUCAACGACACACGGGUCAAGCUCCGUAUGCUGACUGAUGGAUCUUUGGAGUCGGAGCUACUGAUUCAUUCUUUCUCGAUCCGCGACAGCCGUCGACAAGACUCCAACAAGUUCAGAAACAUCAUGUCCUUGAUAAAUAACGAUGUUCAGCAACAGUUCAUGGCUAGCGUAUCCAUGUCUCCCGGGCCUGAUAAACAUCUGAUCGCCAUGUUGACCAUUGAUAGUCCUCGGAUCAUGUUCGCUUUGGACUAUCUUUCUGCUCUGCAAGCAUUCAGCAACUCCGCGUUUGCAUCAGAGGAACAUGUGGAAGCUAUUGAGGAGGAAACUGAAUCACCCGAUGAAUCAGAAUUGACUUCUGACGCUGCCAUCUCCGAUAAAGCGGCAACCGAGGUUUAUGCUGGAGAGACCCAAAGUGGAAACAUGACCGUCUCAUUCCGUGUGAAUUUGGUUGAUGCCCAGGUUAUCAUGGUGGCCAACCCUGCAAUUCCUCACUCGGAAGCUAUCGUCCUGGGUACAAAGGAGAUUCUUAUUUCUCACCAAAAUGUCUCAACCUUGCAGAUUCAAAAGGUCGGCAUGUUCCUGUGCCGCAUGGACAAGUUCGAAACUAGCCGCCUUCGCAUUCUAGACGAUUUCACAGUUGAGCUUUCUGUUGAUAGUAGAUCGCAAGAAAAGGGAUCUGCCCUUACUUCAAUCGAAGUCCAUAUUGAACCUCUGGUUCUCCGAUUGUCUUUGCGUGAUAUCCUGAUGGCAAUUCAAAUUGUGCACAAGGCCGCUGAGAUGAGAGCCGGGAACGCUCCAAAGCUGCAGGGUGGAGAGGCAAAGAAAAUCACCGAUGGUAAAAAUGCAAGAGACUCCUCUGGCAAGACAUCCUCAACGUUGGUUCACAGAGCUCGCAAAAGUGCCAGUCACAUAGUUGAGGGCUUUGACAAGAACGCUGCUCUGCAGGGCAGCUCCGCUGUUCUCAAACGCGAGGAGCUGUCUGCUAAGAUUGAUGGCAUCAGAGUGAUUCUCAUUGGUGAUCUGCACGACUUGCCAUUGCUUGACUGGAGUGUCAAAAAGUUCAACAUUGACGUGCGUGACUGGUCCUCUACUUUGAAUGUUGACACCAGCUUCGAUACCUUUAUCAAUGUCUACAACUUUUCCAAGUCAGCUUGGGAGCCAUUAAUCGAACCUUGGCAACUAGGAUUCCAUAUGGCCAAGGAUGUCAAUCCUGAUGUUUUAUCGAUUGACGCAUACUCCCACAAGAAUAUGGAGCUUACAGUUACUUCUGCCACCAUUGCGCUUGCUUCCAAUUCUUUCCAAUUCCUCAACACCGAUGAAGAUGUUCUUUCUAAGCCAAGAGGUGCUGAUGCCCCAUACAGAAUCCGGAAUUACACUGGAUUCGACCUUCGGGUCUGGGCCGAUACCAAUGCAGUGGAAGAUGCUCCAGCUGCGAAGUUGAGCGAUGGCGAGGAACAUCCUUGGCGAUUUGAAGACUCCACAGCCAUUCGAGAAUCCCUUACUCCUGAGGGUCACGGUGGAAUAGUUGGAGUCAAGCUUGAAGGUAGCGGAUUUGAUAGCAUCAACCGCAUUCCCGUUUCACGGGAAGGUGAAACUCUGUACAGCCUCAAGCCCAAGCGAGACCAAAUCUCUCACCGGCUUCUCGUGGAGGUCAAACUUGGAACCGACAAUGUCAAGUACAUCACAUUCCGCUCACCACUUCUGGUGGAGAAUAACACCCAGAUUCCUUUGGAAUUGGGUGUUUACAGUCCAGACGAAGGCCAUCUCUUGAAAAUUGAAAAGAUUUUGCCUGGUGACGCUCGACCGGCACCUGUCGGAUCAGCAUAUCUUCAUUCAGUUGUGAUUCGCCCUGAUCAAGGCUUUGGGUAUGACUGGUCAAACGAGCAGCUUUAUUGGAAAGACCUUAUUCGCCGCCCCACGCGGACCGUUAAGUGUGUCAGUGAAGGUGGACAGCAAGCUCCUCCUUUCUACUUCCAGGUCAACACAACAUUUGAAAGCAAGGACCCCUCGAGCGUUUAUCCUUACAUGAGGAUUCGAGUUUUCGCUCCCGUGGAGAUUCAAAAUCUCCUUCCCUAUGACUUCAAGUAUCGAAUUUAUGACAAAAACACCAAGAAGGACUGGACAAACUUCUUGAGAAAAGGUGGUGUGAGUCCUGUCCAUGUCGUGGAGCUGUCUCACCUUCUUCUCCUCAGCAUUGAUCUAGAAGAUACUGUCUUUAAACAGAGCGAAUUUGCCAUCGUCAAUGGAAAUGCUCAAGACUAUCGCAGAGAGCAUACCUUGUCUUUGAAAGAUGAGCGCGGCCUUCAGCUGAAGUUGAAGCUUCAUUACUUCAACAUCCCUGAUAGUGGUGGCGCUUUCAAGGUCUCUGUGUACAGCCCAUACCUCCUCUUGAACAAGACGGGUCUUCCCAUGGACAUCCAGAGCAAGGCAUUCCUUCAGUCAGCACGAAGCGUUGCUGGCCAGGGACUCAGGGUUGAUCCAAGAGAUGGUGGUCGCGCACUGCCUUACAUGUAUUCAUAUGGAGGUGAUGAUCAGAAGAACCGGUCUAUCUUGAAGGUCGGAGACUCUUCGUGGAGCAAGCCGCAAAGUUUCGAGGCCCUUGGUAGCACCUUCGAGGUUGUCUUCCCUGAUGUGCAAGGCAGAUCCGAAUUUCACGCGGGCGUGUCUGUCGCGGAAGGCGAAGGCAAGUACAAGAUGACCAGGGUGGUUAGCAUUGCACCGAGAUUCAUUCUCAAGAGUAAGCUGAAUGAGGAUCUUCUGGUUCGCGAACCAGGAUCCUCAAAUGUUCUCCAGGUCAAGAGCGGAGAGCUUCUGCCACUUCACUUCCUCCGUCAAGUUCAUGAGAAACAGCUCUGUCUCUGCUUCCCCGGAGUUAACAACCAGUGGUCUUCUCCAUUCAAUAUUGCCGAUGUGGGAACUGCCCAUAUCAAAUUGGCCAAGGCGAACCAACGCCAGAAGUUGAUCAAGGUUGAUGUCAUCCUGGAGGGGGCCACUCUCUUCCUGCACUUUAGCUUUGAGACCCGCAACUGGCCGUUCUCGAUGCGCAAUGAGAGUGAUAUGGAAUUCAUCUUCUACCAAGCUAAUCCCAAUGUGGAGGACGACGAGGAUGAUGUGUCCAGUAGUUGGCGACCCAUUCGCUAUCGCCUACCUCCUCGAAGUAUCAUGCCUUAUGCAUGGGACUACCCAGCUACCAAGAACAAGUCGCUGGUCUUGACUAGCCAUGGUAAACAACGACAUAUCAAGCUUGCUGAGAUUGGUAAUCUGAUUCCAAUGCGCAUUCCACCUACAAAGCCUGGCGAAUUUCAGAAGAUCAUCGAUGUCAAUAUCGUGGCGGAUGGCCCAACUCAGACACUUGUUCUUUCUAACUUCAAGGCCUCCAAGAGUAUCUACAAGCAGCAAAAGGGCCAGUCGUCUCAGACUAGUAUGAGCAUGGGAUUCGAAGUCAAGGAGAUGAAUUCGGAAGUGAACUUCAAGGCUCAACUUCGCCUGGGAGGCAUUGGCAUCUCAUUGAUCAACCAGAAUCUAAAGGAGCUGCUUUAUCUCACAUUCCGUGAGAUUGAAAUCAAAUAUCGGGAGUCGGCAUUGUAUCAGACCCUCAACACCACUAUCAAGUGGAUCCAGAUCGAUAACCAACUCUAUGGCGGUAUCUUCCCCAUUCUUCUCUAUCCCAGUGUAGUUCCCAAGACUGGAAAGGAGAUGGAAGCGCACCCAAUCUUCCAUGCGAUGGUUACCCGUGUCAAGGAUGACUCCUACGGUGUGCUUUACAUCAAGUAUGCCACAUUGCUUCUGCAGCAGAUGACGCUGGAGCUGGACGAGGACUUCAUCUUUGCUAUGCUGGAUUUCGUCAAGAUCCCAGGCGCAUCCUGGUCUGAGCCCCAUGAGGGCAAACUUUGCGAUGAGGACCUCAACAUCCCAGAGCCCAACCAGAAUGAAGCCGGCCAGGACGUGUACUUCGAACUUCUUCACCUGCAACCGAUGCAGCUGGACAUCUCGUUUAUGCGCACAGAGCACGUCAAUGUGGAGGACACCAUGCAGCCUUCGAGUCCCUUGAUGUUCAUCGUCAAUGUCAUGACCAUGUCCAUAGGCAACGUCAAUGACGCACCCAUCCGACUGAAUGCAUUGAUGUUGGAGAAUGCCCGUGUCUCUUUCGGAAGACUGGUCAACAACAUUCGCGCCCAUUACACCCAAGAGUUUGUGCGUCAAGUUCACAUCAUUCUUGGUUCUGCUGACUUCUUGGGUAACCCCGUUGGUCUAUUCAACACUGUCAGUUCAGGUGUGGCCGAUAUAUUCUAUGAGCCUUACCAGGGUCUCGUCAUGACCGACCGGCCCCAAGAGCUAGGUGUCGGUAUUGCGAAGGGUGCCACCAGCUUCGUCAAGAAAUCCGUAUUCGGAUUCUCGGACAGCAUGGCCAAGCUCACCGGCAGCAUGUCUAAGGGUCUCGCUGCCGCCACCCUUGACAAGGAAUUCCAGGACCAGCGCCGGAUGUCCAAAUCCCGCAACCGUCCCAAGCACGCACUGUACGGUAUCACAGCUGGAGGAAACGCCUUUGCUACCAGUCUAGCCAGUGGUAUUGGCGGUCUAGCACGCCAUCCUCUAGAGGGUGCUGAGAAGGAGGGCGUAGCAGGAUUCUUCAAAGGUGUCGGAAAGGGAGUACUGGGUCUUGCCACCAAACCUGCAAUCGGUGCCUUCGAUCUCGCCUCCAACCUCGCAGAAGGAGUGCGAAAUACCACAACCGUCUUCGACGCCGAUGGCCUAGACCGGGUAAGACUCACCCGCUUCAUCGGAACAGACGGCAUUGUUCGCCCGUACUCGCAGCGUGAAGCACUCGGUCAAUUCUGGCUGAAGACCACAGAAGAUGGCAAGUUCUUCAGCGAAGACUACAUUGCGCACCUCGAACUUCCAGGUCGCGACAUGCUGGUCAUGUUGACUUACACACGCAUUAUGCUCAUCCGCACGAAGAAACUCACUACAGAGUGGGAUAUCCGCCUGACAGACAUUCAAACUAUUUCCAAAGAGCGCACCGGUAUGGGCAUUACCCUGAAGGGUGGUGCCAACGGUCCCUUCAUCCCUGUCCAAGACGAAAGUGCUCGAAAUUGGGUCUACAAACAGAUUGCUAUUGCUGUCAAUGCCUUCAAUGAAAAGUAUAAUGCUCGAGGAUAG